UCUGCAGCGCCAUCGGGCAUCUUAUCAGCGCCUCACCCGCUAGCUCAACGCCUCCUCUGCGCCCGCCCAGCAUGGCGUCCAACACGCACAGUCCCGAGCACGACGCGCUCGACACAAAAAACGGGCUUGAAGUAACCGCCUCAAAAUCGUCCUCCGAUGGCAACAACCCCGUCCCCCUCGAGGGCCAGACCGAACACCUCCCCACCUUCGAGCACGAGAAGAGACUCGCGCUCAAGUUCGACGUCCGCAUCCUGCCCAUGCUGGCUGUCAUGUAUCUUUUCAAUGCGCUGGACAAGGGCAAUCUGGGCAAUGCGAAGACGGAUAAGAUGGAUGUGGAUUUGCACUUCAAGAAGGGGCAGUAUAAUACCAUGUUGAGCAUUUUCUUCGUCCCGUAUGUGCUGUUUGCGCCUCCGAUUGCGAUGCUCGGAAAGAGGAUUGGGCCGCAUCGGAUGCUGCCUAUUUUGAUGUCUUGCUUUGGUUCCAUGACGUUGCUGAGUGCGACGGCGAAGAAUUGGAGUGGGAUGAUGGCUUUAAGAUGGUUUUUGGGUAUGGCGGAAGCUGCUUUCUUCCCGCUGGUCAUCUACUACCUCACGACGUUCUACCGACGUGGUGAGCUGGCCCGUCGCCUGGCCCUCUUCUACGCCGCCUCCAACAUCGCCAACGCCUUCUCUGGCCUCCUCGCCUUCGGCGUCUUCCACAUCAAGAACAACAAGCUUGAAGCUUGGCGCUACCUUUUCAUCAUCGAAGGUGCUGCCACGAUCAUUGUCGCUGCCUUCGCCUACUGGUGGCUCCCCAAGUCCGCCUACGAAGCCAAGUUUCUCACCGAAGAAGAGCGCAAGCUCGCCUUCACCCGCAUCCAAAUAGACUCCUCGGCCAUCGUCGGCGAAAAAUUCGUGUUCAAAGACGCCCUACAGAUCUUCAAGCUGCCCUCCACCUACGGCUUCCUCGCCAUCGAAAUCUGCCUCGGUGUUCCCAUCCAGUCCGUUGGCCUCUUCAUGCCGCAGAUCAUUAAUGCCCUCGAGAAAGACGUCGUGAAAGUCAACCUCAAGACCGUCGCGCCCAACUGCGUCGGCGCGGUGUUCCUCCUCAUCCUCGCGUUCGCGUCGGAUUUGUCGCGCAUCCGCUUCCCCUUCAUCGCGCUGGGCUUCGCCCUCACCUUCUGCGGCUUCAUCAUAUUCGCCGCCAUUGAUGUCCCCGCGCACCUCUCCACCGCCUACUUCGCCGCCUUCAUGAUGGUCUGGGGGACGUCCGCACCCUCGGUACUGCUGUCUACCUGGUACAACAACAACAUUGCGCACGAGGGGCGUCGUGUCACACUGACCUCCGUCGGCGUCCCGCUCGCAAAUCUCAUGGGCGUUGUGUCUAGCAACAUCUUCCGCGACGAGGACAAGCCCAAGUACACACCUGCGCUGGCGACGACGGCGGCGUUUGGCGCGACCGGGUGUUGCAUUGCGCUGCUGCUGGGGACCUACAUGAUCUUCGAUAACAAGCGCAGAAAUAAGAAGCAGGGUGUUAACCUGAGUGCGAGGGAUGUGAGUACGGAGAAGUUGAGGGAGGGGCCGAAUAGCCCGGAUUUUAGAUGGUUCUUGUAA